AUGAUAAAAUUUUUACUUAUAAUAUUAAUAAUGAUCCCUUUAUCUUUAUUGAAGAAUUUUUAUUGGAUUAAUCAGUUUAUGUUUUUUGCUUUAUCAUUUUUUUUUAUUUUGAAUAUAAGUGUUGAUUGAACAUUUUUGAAUGUUUAUGGCAUAUUUGGUUGGGAUUUGCUGUCUUAUGUUUUAGUUCUUCUUAGAAUAUGAAUUUGUUCCUUAAUAGUUUUGGCUAGUGUAAAAAUUAAAAAGGAAAGGUUUUAUUGUGAGUUUUUUUGUUUAGUGGUUUUAUCUUUAUUAAUUGCCUUAUUCUUUGCUUUUUCUUCUUUAAAUUUUUUUGUUUUUUAUCUUUUUUUUGAGAUUAGUUUAAUUCCUACUUUGAUUUUAAUUUUAGGUUGGGGGUACCAACCGGAGCGUAUUCAAGCAGGUGCUUAUUUGUUAUUUUAUACUCUUUUUGCUUCUUUACCAAUAUUAAUUGCUAUUUUUUAUUUAGUAGAUAUUUUUGAUAGGUUGUUUUUGUCUUUUUUUGAUUAUCCUAUUGAUAGGUUGAUUCUAUUUUUUUGUGUAAAUUUAGUUUUUUUAAUUAAAUUACCAAUAUAUUUUAUUCAUUUGUGACUUCCUAAAGCCCAUGUUGAAGCUCCUGUUUCUGGGUCUAUGAUUUUAGCUGGGAUUAUGCUAAAGUUAGGGGGAUAUGGUAUGCUCCGAAUAAUAAAGUUAUUUGUAGGGGUAUUGAGGUGUAUAAACUACAUUUUUAUUGGAAUUAGAGUUUUAGGAGGGGUUUUUAUUUCUUUUUUAUGUUUACGUCAAACUGAUGUUAAGUCUUUAAUUGCUUAUUCUUCUGUGGCUCAUAUGGGACUUGUUUUAGGGGGGAUUAUUACUUUUACUUAUUGGGGGUUUUGUGGGGCCUUAGUAAUAAUGGUAGCCCAUGGGCUUAGUUCUUCUGCUCUUUUUUGUUUAGCUAAUAUUACUUAUGAGCGGGUUGGUAGACGUAGGCUUUUUUUAAAUAAGGGAAUAAUUAAUUUAAUACCCAGGAUGGCUCUUUGGUGGUUUUUGUUUAGUGCUUGUAAUAUAGCAGCUCCGCCUUCCUUAAAUUUAUUAGGCGAGAUUAUACUUAUUAAUAGCUUAGUUAAUUGGAGAUUUUUAAAUAUGUUGGGUUUGGCUUUUAUAUCUUUUUUUAGAGCCUGCUAUUCUUUAUAUUUGUUUUCUUGUUCUCAACACGGUAAGUUUUCUAAUAAUCUUUAUAAUUUUAACUCUAAUAGGUUGCGUGAGUUUUUAUUAUUGUUUCUUCAUUGAUUACCUCUAAAUUUUUUAAUUUUAAAGGGAGAACUUAUUAGAUUGUUUAUUU